AUGAAUGUUUAUUUUUUAAAAGAUAGUGAACUUGAGGCUCUUUAUGCUUCUUUGGAUGUCGAUACAGAAGAUCCCUCUAUUCGAUUUAAUGCUUUAUACGUCACUGGUACAGUUGAGCAAAUGACUACAUUUGAUAUUUCGAGAAUUUUUGCUUCAUUCAAACCAGAAACUGUUCGACCAUUUCAAACAAAGCCAUUGACUGCAUUUAUAGUAACUUUUGCAAAUGCUAUUGAAGCAGCUCAAUUAUUGCUUGAUAUGACAAAACCUUUGAGACGUGUACGUGCACUUAAAAAGCCAGAAGAAGGUGAAUUAGUUAAUAGUUCUGAUGAAGAAGAGGAAGAAGGACAAGUAAAGGAAGAGGGUGGAGAUGAUGUUGCUAUUGUUAAAGAAGGCAAUGCUCCAAAGAAUUGUUCGGCACGUUCGCGUCAAAUAAAUUCAGAAGCAGUAGAGGUUAAUGUGGAUACUGUAAAAGUUCCUCAAGGUAAAUGGAGGGUUGUUGUUCAACAUGUGCCUGCUGACAAGCUUAUUUAUGUGCGCUUAGCAAAUGGAGUUGAGCUUAGACAUGCUAUAUAUACGGCUAAAAAUUGGGAAAAUGACGGUGAAUACAACUACAAAAACACAAAAAUACGUCCAGGAUUGGAUGUAUUCGAUGAAAAAGGGAAGGAAUUGGAUUGGGAUUAUGAACAUGAUACACGAUUUUUUGAAGAAGAAAAAUCUCCACAUCCUCCCACAAUAUCUGAUGAGAAGCCACCAGAAAAUUUGGAACUUGGUGGAAUUAAAAUUCGUUCGAAAGGUCGAGGAACUAAAAAAUUCUUAAAAGCAUUUUCAAGUGAAGAUUCUGAUUAA